AUGGCAUGCGACUAUGGGCUGGGAUCUGGCUUCGAGCCGAAGCAUAUUGAUCGUAAAUCACUCUACGUCAGCCUGGAGGAACGAAUCAAGUACCUGCAUGACUUUCUCGACUUUAACUCUAUUACUAAUGUGGCCUCGCUCUACGCAGCCGACAUUGAGGCCCUCCAGUCGGGCUCCAAAUAUAUCAAACAACUUAUUCCCGCAGUCGUCAAUCUCGUCUACAAGAAGCUAUUGCAGUAUGAUAUCACUUCACGAGCUUUCCACACCCGAAACACGGCCGACGAGACCACCCCGGACAAGGAGUGGUUGGACGAAGAAACACCCCAGAUUCAGCGACGAAAGAUGUUUCUCCGCUGGUAUCUCAUCAAACUCUGUUCAGAUCCCACCAGUAUUGACUUCUGGAGAUACUUGAGCAAAGUCGGGAUGAUGCACUGCGGCCAAGAGCGCCUUCAUCCGCUCAACAUCGAAUUCAUCCACAUCAACGCCUGCGUGGGUUACAUCCAGGAUAUCUUCAUCGAGGCACUCCUCUCCCAUCCCCGCAUCGCCCUCCCACAAAAGAUCGCACUCGUGCGAGCUGUCAACAAGAUCCUCUGGAUCCAGAAUGACCUGUUCGCCAAAUGGCGACUGCGUGACGGCGAGGAAUACGCCGAUGAAAUGUCCGUGUACAGCUUUGGUUCGGGCAAAGAAGGGUACGUCGGAGACAAGAAGGUUUUGGGCGACGAGACGAGCCAGCUGGGAGAUGAUGACGGGGCCAGCAUUUUGAGUAGUGUGGCCCCUUCCACGCAUACAAGUCAGACGACUCACACCAUCUCUUCCACAUCUUCGCCGGCGGCCUCGAAAGCAUCUGCAUGUCCCUUUGCCGAGUUGGCUCAGGCUCGUGGGGCGGCUAGCGAGACUAAGAUCUGGGCAAAUUGA